AUGACUUCAAUUGGUGAUGACAUGUCUGCAUUUGCGUCCGAAGUGGACUGUUGCAAGCUGGAGCAAUACACUCAUGAAUAUCACCUUUCUCCUGUACUUGGUUUCCAAGUUCCAUCUUCAUCUUCGUCUAUUCUUGAUGCUCCGCCUGGUAAGAUUGGUUUCUAUCUCCGACAUCUUGUUUGUGGGUUAUGGUUACCCUCGUCUUGGUUCUUCUUGGAGGUUCUUUUUUACUAUAAAGUUCAUCUUGUCCAACUAUGUCUGAAUGCGGUGUCAAAAAUUGUUACUUUCGAAGUUUUUUGUGUUGCUUAUGAGAUACCACUUGAUGUUUUAUUGUUUUGCUAUUUUUACACCUUGAAGAAGUAUGGCGACUGGUUUUCUUUCAGAAGUUGUCACUUUCCUCUUUCUCCAGAUUUAGCUCGUUCCAAUGGUAGCUGGAAAAGUAAGUUUUGUUGGGUGGACAUGUAUAGCAUGUGUUUACUGUUUGUUCCUUGUUAUGUUUUACUUGGUGAUGAUUUUGUAUCUUUGUCUGCUGACCUUUAUGUGUUUGUGCCUUUAUUUUCCCUUUUCUGUGUGAAGAGGGAAUUUCUGUCGGAAGUUGUACUUUCUCUGUGUCAUAUGAACCCAUUUUGGAAAGCCCGUUGUGAACUACUAGUGUUAUCUGUAUGUCAUGCAGGUUUGUCUAACCUUUUACUAGAUUUAGCAUAA